CGAUGCGCCUGCUGUUCCCACCAUAACAGCGCCUCGCAACCGGACCUCUGCAUCUACCCAUCCCCUACACACGUGCAAGCAUGUCCCAAAACGAUCUCUUCCUCAGUCUGCUGCGGCCCGCCGUCCUCCACAUUCUGCGCGCGACCGGCUUCCAACAUGGCAAACCCUCGGCCGUCGAUACCAUUGUAGACCUCACGGCGCGAUACCUGUCCGUCUUGGCUGAGCGCACAGCCUACAAUGCCUUUUCGAAUCACAACGACCUCACACCAACCAUUACCGACGUGCGCAUGGCCAUGCAAGAUUGCGCGCUGCUCGUGCCGACCAUGACGGCGGGAGAGGAGUUAUGGAAGGAGAUACUGCGGAAGCCGCUCGACGAAUACAAUUCCGAGACGGGCGCACGCCAAAACGAAGCGGCGCGGCGCGAUGCCGAAGAUACCGCAGAUGUCACGGAAUUCAUUGAAUGGGUCAAGGGGGAGCAGAACAAGGAGAUUCGGCGCAUCGCAGGCACAUACAAGCCGGUCCCGACGAAUCCCACUGAGCAGCUUGACCAGGAGGAAAUGGAGGAUUAUCUCAACACCCUCAUGAAGAAGCACAGCAAAACUGGAGUCGAAUCGCGCUUUCAAGGAACAGUCUUGGGAGUACCAGCCGAGGCAAAAGCGAUCAAGAUUGAAGGAGGCGCCGCCGACUCGAUAGAAGAAUGGUGUCGCAAAACCCGCGAACGGGCAGCAAAGGCAGCGGAAUCAAAACAGGAGACCCGCGAACCCCUGAAUCACGUCGAUACAAGAGAGCCUUCGGAAGACGUACUCAUGGAGAUGGAUUAAUGGUCAUCAGUUGAUUGUGCAAGCAUAGCGAAGGCGUUGGGUCACAUCAUUUUCAGGCGUUAUGGAAUCGAGGGUUUAAAGCAGAUGAGCGCGUUCAUGGCAUUGCCAUGUUAUCCCCAUCAGACACGUUGGAAUGGAUUUCUUGAGUAAGUGCUCUGCACGGCACAGUGCUCAUUUUGCACUACCAAUCAUCAAGUACAUGCAAUUGAUAUAGCAAAGAGAGACAGAAAU